UCUGUUCCUAUUAGUAUAGUCAUAAUGUAAUAUGUAUCAUAAAAUAAUAAAUCAAGGCUUCUGAACAUGACGUCAAGAUUCUCAUCUCUCUCUUCACCCUGAAAAACCCUUGCAAGCCUUGUAACAACUGGUGAACCCCGACUGAGAACAAAAACCAUCAAUUAGUGAGACCCCAGAGGAGCAAAUUGCUGCACUGGGUAAACCCCGAAUGUGUGGCAUUGAUGGUUGCUUCACAAGUGACCACAGAAGUGGAUUCUAGCCAGGAGCUGAAAAACUGAAGAUCCUGAUUUUGACAGAGUUCACAGCCAAGGCUGACCACGAAGAGAACCAGAAUUCUCAAAAGCCUCCAGGAAGAUGUUUGGAAAGAGCAGCAGCACCAUGGAGCUGGCCAGAGCAAGCUGGACUCUUUCAAAAGGUACUGUUGGCUUUUCCCUUCCUGAAGAUGCAGCCCUUCGUAGUUUGUGGCGGCUGAUAUGGGGGACGUCUCCAAUAGAGGAUGAGGUACAUUUCUCUCUUUCAGAGGAGAAUCUUAUUCCCCUCUGGCAAAAAUGGGAUGAAGAGGAUGGAAUUCUCCUGUUGGAGACAGAUUGCUGUGAGCUUUUUCGAUGGGCAAAGCUUUUUGUGUUCUUUACGGAUGCACUAUAUGCCCUGGGUGUUUUCGUAUAGGAGUGCAUAGAAUCCAUUUUCCAAUGCGCUUGGGACCUUGGUGUGGGAUUCCCCCACGUUUGCCCAGUCUUCUUCUAUGUACUCUUUUCUAUUUUGAAAUGGAGAGCAGCUGGUUUUCCCUGGAUUGCUAACUGCAAGGGACAAGCUCCAUUCCCCCCGUCUCCAGCAGGAGCAGACCUUUUGGCAGAGGAUCUGCUGUUUUCCAGCCCCCCUGAAUCGCACCAGGGGAGUGAAAUUUCACUGCAAGGCAAAGAAGUUUUCUGUCUGCGUCUUCGGAGCAUGCUCAGUUGGAGCGGUCUUCCCCCCCCCCCUUCUCUGUCUCCGGGGGUAUGGGAGUGGGCGGCACCACCCCGGCCAGCGCUGCGAGCACCAUCCCUGGCAGCCCUGCGGGCCCCGCCCGGCCAGUGCCACGAGCACCUCCCAGAUCCGCCCAGCCGCCGCCUCCCCGGGCGCUCCCGCCCGCACCUCCGCCAGCUUCCCCGCCUGCGCCUGAGGGCUCAGAAACACCGCUCCCUGCGCCUGCGCCGAUGUUGCUAAGCAACAGCGAUCCUCCGCCGCCGCCCCUCCCCGCAGCUCCGCCGUGCCAGCCCCGCCGCCUCAAACCGAGCCAGUCCCUGUUCAGGACGAUGCUGAAAAUGCCGCCGAACCCGCGGGACCCUCGGAGCAGCCUGCAGUCCCGCCGCUCCCAGCAGCAACUGUCGCGGCAACUUUUGCAACCAGCGCGAUUUCCCCCCCGAGUGUUUCGGGUUGUCCCAGGGCUGCCCCUGCAGCUGGGACAGAGAAAGAGGGCGCCAGCCGCUCCUUCCAUGGAGCAGGCACGGCCCGACAGCUGGGGGCAGGGGCAGCCCGCCUGCCUGCUUUCAAGAUCAGCAUUCUCGGCGGGCUGGGGGGUGUUUGGUCAGUUGCUGCCCCUUGGAGGUUGCCAUCUCUGCCGCCCCUCUUGCGCCCCAGCGACGAGGGGCAGAGGCAGAGGGCGCACCAGGAAGAGAUCAUGGCUUGCUUGCUGUGGGGAACAAACAUUCCUAGACCCGAGAUGAGAGUUCUUGGGGCUCCUUCUAUUCCCUCACUGCUGGCAUGCCUUGGUGAUUUAGGGGAAAAGAAGCGUCUCACCACCCGUUCUACCAUUGUGCUAGCAGCGGGGCGCAGCCUGUGGGAAUGCAGAGCCUGCUUCGUGGGUUUGGCCUGGGCUGUUGGGCCCAGAUCCCUGGGCCAUGGCCGCUGUCGGGCUUCUUGUUGUCUGUGGGGGUUGUGGUUUCCCCUACCGGUCCUGGCCCAUCUUUUGUAGGCCAGCUUUGGGGUUCCUGGUCCGUCCAUGGGCCAGGGCCCCCCAGGGCCUCUCUCGGGCUGCUCUGCUGCUGCUGCUCUUUUUGAUCACCAAAAAAAAAAAAAAAAAAAAAAAAAAAAAAAAAAAAAAAAAAAAAAAAAAAAAAUUGAAAAAUUGAAAUAGCUGGCAGCAGCUCUGAAGCAUUGAAGGGCCAAAAAUUGGCUUCAGCCCAAAGUUGUUCAAUAAAGGGAUGUGGGGCUAGGACAUUUCAGAAAUUGUCUCAAAAUUGUUUGAAAUUGUUUGAUGACUGUCAAUGGCUUUCGAUAACUGUUGAUGGACUUCUCUGCAGCAAGCCUGUUCCAGGACCAAAAAGGACUUUCACAUAUGUCCAAGAGGAACAUCUUCAGUCCAUGGACAUUUUCCUGAAACUCAGCUGCUUGGACUUGAAUUUUCUUUGCAUUGUUUUUGUAUUUUCUUAUACUGUAAGAUUGUUUUAAUGAUUUGAUAGAAUUGUAUGUUUUACAGGUGAAGAAAUUUCCUAUUCAUUCCACACCAGCAUUUAUCUUUUUAAUUUAUUAGAAUUUUAAAAAGUGAAAUGUCACAGACAUCUUUUGUGAAAAAUCCUUUCUUUAGGAUUUUUCCCCUUUCUGAGAAGCUGUGGCCUCAGCAGCAAAAUGUAAACAGUGAUUAUCUGCUGCUGUGGAAUGCAACAGGUGGAUCUGUGAUUGGUCUUGGGUGAAUGUUUGGAUUUACU